AAGAGCAAUAGCGGAUAUUACUACACAGGAUUUGAACGGGAGCUUCGAAACAUCGCGGAUGCACUGCUACUGGAUAUUUUACUCUACUUUGCUUUCACUUCACCAGGCUAUCACGUUUCUAUAGAUCAGACACAUGGAGCUUUUCCACCUCAUUCCUGUUUUCAGUUUUCUUUGCUGGAACUUCGUGACAUACAUGACUUCUGCUGAAACUGUGGAAACGUCCAAUAACACCACCAAUCCUAACGUUGCCAUCAUCCGCCGCAGACCGCAGCCGAGCAUUCCAUCAGGUGGUGGACGAUAUUCCUUGAUGAAUUCCCGGUUCAACCGACGCCCCAGAAAGAAGAACCUCGACAAAGAUCAACUCUUGGACAUCUUGGGCUCGUACUUUGACGAAGAGUGGAUGUCCAUCGAAGAGCCACUUGCACUUUCAUCAAAAGAUCCCGAUAGAGGAGCAACUUACGUUGUCAAGCAUGACGGUGCUCAGCACUCGGAGUUGGUCAGGCAAAUCCAUUUAUCUAACUUGACUCUUGAGUUAGCUGCACUGGGUGGACAGAAAAUUCUGGAAGACAGAGAUUUAGUGUUGACUGUUGAAAAGUACCUAUUGCAGAGAGCAUCGUGCCCUGUCAGAUUCGCUUGGGAAGACAUUGGUGCUCUCUUUUGGCCUCGCUACAUCAAGCGUGGUGAAUGUGCCUCUGUUCCAGGGACUUGUUCAUGGCCUCCUGGAAUGCACUGCGUACCAGCAGACAAGAGUACUAUCCAUGUUUUACGUUGGCAGUGCAAGUUACCCAAGGGCAAGGGACGUCGAAGGACCUUCAAAAGUACCAAUGAUCCAAAAUCCAGGGACUGGCAGAAGAGGGUCAACGACGGAGAUCCAUCGAUCAAUCUCAGAUGUCACUGGAUUCGUGUUCCCUAUCCCAUCACCACCGAGUGUUAUUGCACUUGCUGAACUAGCAUUUAUUGUCAUUUACUACCUGAUUUUGAGAUGUAUCUGCGUAACGAACUACAAUGGCACUGAACUGUCAGAAUCGGGAAAAAAAAUCACAGUGAGGUAAUAAAUUAUAAAGAAAUAAUACAUUUAUAACCCAUUUUACUCAAUUCAACCGAGAACUGAAUUCAUAUACGUAUCUAACAUUUUAAAGCAGCACAAUAAAUUCUCACAUUUCUGACGGCUGAAAUUUUUUUGGGAAACAUAUAGAUUUAAAUUUACUUUCACUAUUCCAGCUCGGCAUAUCCAUCACUUCAUUGGUUUCCAUUUAAAAUUGUUUAAUAUUUUAUGUCAAUGUCUCCCGAAAACUUCCUACAUUGUAAAAUUACGUAUUAUGAAAUCUUUAGUGCUUAAGUAUUCUGCUUCCCCAACGCUUAAAUUGUUUUUUUUUCCCAUUUUAGAAAUUGAUUAUCCACAACAGAAGGAGUCAAUGUGUCUUUUGAAAUUUUGAACAGUGCACAUAUGCGCUCUUAUCACAGCAUGAACUGUUUAAGUCAGUUUAGCUCCACUUUUCUUUCUUUCUUUUUCUUUUCUUCUUUUUUGUAUUUAUAGGUAAAGUACUACUCAACACACAAAUGAAAUUUCAUUAUUAUUAAUAAUAAUAAUAACCCAAAAGAAGUUAAAUGCAGCUAUGCCAGUUUAUUUUUCUAAUGAAAAAUGAAGUAUUUAUUUUCAGUCGCUAAUGUCAGUAGAUUAACAGCACCUUUAAUGACGAAUUGAAGUACGUUUCAAAAAUGUACAGCUUACGUUUUCAAUGAAAACCUUCAUUUAGGUAAUUAAAAAUACUUAGCUUUCUCAGAUGAUUUAUUUUUCCUAAGUAACGUAUUGGGCAGCUUUGAAAAUACUUUCUCUUUUUUAGUACAUUUUCUCAUUGCUUGUUUUCAAAAAUUAUCUUCAAUGUAAGAGUUUUUUGUCCGCAAUGUUCCGAUUAAAAAAUAUUUAGCACCGUUCAAACUCUCAUCAUUAACUGCUAAUCUGUUCAAAUUGUUCCUGGUGCUUUAGCAAUUGUUUGUAAUCAUUUAUAUAUUGGAACUGUUUGAACAAAAUUUAAAGCAAAGAAAAAUGUUCAAGUUAUUUGUUUAAAACAAUCAACUUUGAUAAUACUUGAUAACUUAUUUUCCGUAAAGCCAAAACCAUGUAAAAUUAAAAUACAUUCCAUUUUAAAAGCAAUUCCAAUAACUUUGAAAUUAUGUCAACUACAAGAAGAUAAUGCUUUCGUAAAAGUACUUUUGUAAAGCAAAUAUAAUUACUGUCCGACCAAUGUUUGCGCCUGUCUACUGCUAUAGCAACGAGGCGCGUCUCAUUUUCCCAAGGGAAGCUUAAUGUUAGAAAAAUCCGUACGACUGCACAAAUGCGAGCAGACGAGUGGCGAAAUGGCGCCAAAAAAAGCCUUCCUGCUAACCCUUGCAGAAAAUGAACGAAGUCCGUUUCUAUGGCCAUAGACGGGCUCAGACUUGACGGCGGGAGCUUUUCUCGUGAAAAACAGACAGUACAAGUCAUAUUUUUCUGCUAGUUUUUUAAUUUGCAUACAAAUAUUGCUUCACAUUAAAAAUAAUAAUAGUAACAAAACUACCUAGUUUUAGUUGAAGUUAAAACAAGCCUCGUCUUCCUCAUCCGACAUUUAAAGUAUGUAUGCUUUGAAAGUACAAAUUAUGUAAUUAAAUUCUGAAAUAAAGGACAGGAUCCUAUUUGGACUUUAUUGACAAAACCACUGCUGGUUCAUGUGGUUUUCUACUUUGAAACUGAAAGCUGUUUGUAUUUUUGUUUUGAAUUGUUGAAUAAAAGUAC